AUGAAGGAUCACGAAGGCACUAGUUGGGAUCGUCGCAGGCGCGUAAGGUCUGUUCAUACUCUCACCGAAGAACAAAUUCGACAGAAACGUGAAACAGACCGGCGUGCUCAGCGUGCUCAGCGUCAGCGAUCGAAGGAUUCUAUCUCUACGCUCGAACAGCAACUGGCCCAGCUCCAGCAGCGUCACUACGAGACCAAUCAAGAAUUAUCACUUUUACGAGAGCAAAAUAUUAACCUUCAAUGCCUAGCGCAAUCUCGAGCGACCGAAGAAUCCAGUCCCUUUUCAACUGGAUCGACAUGUCAACCAAUUACCUACCCGGUGAUUGGUGCCCGCGACACUCUCGGAAGUCCAUGCACUGACCCAGCCGCUGUGCACCUUAUUUUACCGCCUCAUGUUCCCCCUACUUGUCCUCUAGACAAGUUACUGCUUGAUCUGAUUGGCUCUCAUCGGGACAUGAUCGCUCGGAAUAUCCCCCCUGACAUAGUACUUGGGUUCCGCCAACCAUGUGUCAAGGCCCUCAUUGCCCCUGAGCAAUACAAACACGCACAUGUCGGUGUGGUCAUUUCCGAUAUUCUCACCAGGUUCCCUGGGUUUGGCCAAUUCGAGAGAAUGGCAUUUUUCUAUAUAAUGAACUUAACAAUCAAAUGGCAGACACUGGCCAGCAAGGAGCACUACUUAGCCAUGCCCCGCUGGCUACGACCGACAUUGACCCAAACCCAAAUCCCGCAUCCUAUGUGGAUAGACAACAUUCCAUGGCCAGAGAUGCGUGAUGUGUUGAUUGAGAAUAUGGAGGAUCACACUCACCCAGAGUUCUCACCGUACUUCUCCUCUGAGGUCUGUAUCAACUGGCCCUCGGAUAUUGACGAGGCCACGUCCAGCCAGGGCGACAUGCUAAUCAUGAGUCCCACUUUCGAACGUCACAUUCGAGAUCUAAAUAAUUGGUCGAUGUCUACAAGGUUUAAGAGUCGCUUCUCCAUAAUUUACGAAUAG